CAGCACUGGCAUAUUCAUCAGCAAUGUACUGGGUCUCAGACCUUACGUCUGAAUGAUUCUUCCAGUUGAAAAGUCAACCUGGAUCAUAAUUUCAUCUUCAAUAGGGUUUCUCAAGAUUAUCACAGAUGAUAUAAUGAGCCCUGCACCCAGACAAGGUGCAUCUAGAUGGAGGACUGCCUGAGUGAAACCAGGGAGAAUAGCAUCCCAGUGGCUGAGGUUCAAGGUAAAAUCCAUAAAAUCUGUGAAUUCAAGUACAGCAAGCUGCCGAGGUCAUGUAGUAAUCAAUGAAAGCUCCCUUUCUUUUCUUGCAACGAUCAUGGUUUUAAAAAACUUUUAAUACCAUUAAAAUUGGACCUUCAGUAAAUUGGCAACUAAGUGAAACAUUAUAACAUUCCAAGUGUUUUGAUCUCCACCUACAUAUGCAGCUCUGGCAAAUGCUGCUUCUACCGAAUACAGGGAGGUGCAACAACCUUUUGACUGCGACAUGAGAUUAGCACUAAGAAUCCAACAGCAGCAGACACAUGUGCUUGACUGGCCUGGAAAGGUUACCCUCUGAUCCACAAUGGAUUUGUCUGUUCCAAGCAGCAGCAGCAUGCACUUGCAGCAGGACAAUGGCUCCUGCAUACAGAAUAACAUCAGUGACAACAGGUUAAAAGUGGAUGAUCCUCGGGUGAGGAGAUAUUCCAUCCCACCAGCAAAGACUCCCACGGCCAAGCAUAUGCUUGCAUAUCUACCACGGCCUCCUACAGACACCAGCAGAUAUGGAACCUUUCCUCAAAAGCCUGAAACCAUGGUCGUUUCAACAACUUCUAGUGAUGAUUAUCAUCAGAAAACAGAGCAUAAAACAGAACAUAAUGGUCCUAAAAAAGGAAGCAUAAUCUCAAUCUCAAACUUUAUCCCACAUUCUGCCAAUAGUACUAAGGAAUCUCGUCAAAGGAGAUCUAGUGCUGUGGAUCCUACCAACUCAACUGCUGCCACCCAGCCUGUAAAACAUAGACCUAGUGUAACUAUAAACACAGAAGACUUACCACGCUACCAACAAGCAGCAAAGCAAGAAACACCAAUACAGGAGGUCAGCAACAAGUGGCACCCUAAACAUGCCCUUAGUGUUCCAAAUAUCCCCAUGCGCAGUAAGACUCCGACUCGUAGUGUUGUAUCAGCUCCAGUCACUACAAAAUCCCACAGGAUGCGUUGUAAGCUUAUGUAUGAUGACCGACAGCUCUUCAACCUCACCAACCGACAGACACGUCAGAGAUAUGUGACUAAGGAUGGAAAAUGCAGGGUAAACCUUGGACGAAUUGACGAAAAAAAGAGAUUCUUGUCAGAUAUUUUUACCACUAUUGUGGAUUUAAAAUAUCGCUGGUUCAUCUUUGUUUUUAUGUUGUGUUACAUUGUCACUUGGGUUGCAUUUGCAGUCAUAUAUUUUGUGGAUGCCCUACUUAGAGAUGAUGUGAACCAUAUUGGGGACCCUAACUGGAAGCCUUGUAUUGACAAUGUAGACAAUUUUCUUUCUGCCUUACUUUUCUCUGUGGAAACUCAAAGAACAAUUGGCUAUGGAUCAAGGAUGGUAUCAGCAGAUUGUCCUGAGGGUGUUAUACUGAUUAUGGCCCAAUCAAUAUUAGGGUCUAUGAUUGAUGCGCUUAUGGUUGGUUGUAUGUUUGUCAAGAUUUCUCGUCCAAAAAAACGGGCAGAAACAUUAAUUUUCAGUAAGAAGUGUGUGGUGUCCCACAGGGAUGAAAAGUUGUGCUUAAUGUUUAGGAUUGGAGAUCUAAGAGACAGUCACAUGGUAGAUGCAAAGAUAAGAGCUAAACUGAUAAAAUCCCGUCAGACAAAGGAAGGGGAAUUUAUACCCUUGGAACAAUCGGAGAUCAACUUGGGUUAUGAUACUGGAGAGGAUCGGCUUUUCCUUGUAGAGCCUCAGAUCAUCUGUCAUUUCAUCAAUGACCAUAGUCCUUUUUGGGAAAUGACUGCAGAGUCAUUGAAAAGAGAGGAAUUUGAAAUAAUUGUAAUACUAGAGGGCAUUGUUGAAGCCACAGGUAUGACAUGCCAAGCUAAGACCUCAUACACAGAGGAUGAGAUACUGUGGGGGCACCGGUUUGAGCCUUGCAUGACUCUGGAAAAAGGAGCUUUUCGUGUGGACUAUUCUCACUUUGAUAAAACUUUUGAUGUUCAGACACCCUGGAGUAGUGCGAAGGAGAUGCAAGAAGUGAAGGAAAUGGAACAGAAUGAUAGGUCCACUCUGAGCCUUUACUGGGACAACAUGACUUGUCUUCCUGAUGACUCAAACACAUGUUCUGUGGAUUUUAUUCAGCAUAAUCAGGACAACGAUUAUAUUACUGAAGAGGAAUGUAAGGAGUCAAAGAGCAACGACCUUGAUAUCUAAUAGAAUAACCAUUUAGUUGACAAUGAAAAAGAAUAAAUUAACCAGACCUGAUGGAAAUGAAAUGUGUUUUUAUACUGCCUAUUCUUCAAACUAAGUCAUGUGUAAAACAGAUCUGUACUUUGUUUUAUUAUUACACUUGUAUAACAAGAAAAACAUAAUAAAUAGUGAAAAUAUACUAUUCAAACUAGGGUGCUUAAUCUGAAUAUGGCUUUAGUGUCUCAUCGUGCCAACAUUCACAAAU